AUGAGGGAGAAAGGGGAGAAGGGUGCCUUGCUGCACAGCCAUGAAAACGGCUCAGGGGAGCUGGGUGGGGGUGUUGCCCUGGUCUCCAGUGCUGGUGCAGGUCUAUCCCACGUUCUGUCUCUGGUCCUGCAAGAGCUGAGCCUGUUCUACAAAAGAGAUAUCAACGGGGUCGGAGUCUUAUACGACCUGCUCAGGUCUCCAUGGCUACAGGCUCUGCUAAAGGUGUAUGAAUGCCUUCAUCAGUACAUCAAAAGGAGACCAGUUCCACUGACACCGCAGGCGCGCUCACUGACUCAGGAGGUCGCGGAGUUGUUGCGUGGAGUCCAUCCAUCUGCAGAGGUUAGAGAGUUGAGGCGACUUCUACGUGGCCCCCACUUGAAGGCCCUACUAUCGGCUCACGACACUGUGGCUCAGAAGGACUAUGAGCCCAUUCUUCCACCUCUGCCGGAUAACAUCCCUGAAAACGAAGAGCCGAUGAGGAUUGUCUGCCUUGUGAAAAACAAGCAACCUCUCGGCGCCACCAUCAAACGCCAUGAGCUAACGGGAGAUAUUACAGUGGCAAGAGUCAUCCACGGCGGGUUGGCAGAUAGAAGCGGGUUGUUGUAUGCUGGAGACAAACUUGUAGAGGUGAAUGGCGUUCCAGUGGAAGGACUAGAGCCUGAGCAAGUAAUCCACAUUCUGGCCCUGUCGCAGGGAACAAUUAUGUUCAAGCUGAUUCCUGUUUCAGAUCGACCAGUCAGUAACCAAACAACACUCUAUGUGCGGGCGAUGGCAGAUUACUGGCCUCUCCAGGACUCCUCCAUUCCUUGUGCUGAUGCAGGACUGCCGUUUAAAAAGGGAGACAUUCUUCAGAUUGUGGACCAGAAUGAUACCUUCUGGUGGCAAGCAAGGAAAGUCUUGGAUCUCAGUGCCUGUGCCGGACUUAUCCCUUCCAAUCAUCUUCUGAAGAGGAAGCAGCGGGAAUUCUGGUGGUCGCAGCCCCUCCCGCCCCACAUUUGUCUCAAAUCAACGAUAUUGAGUCCUGUGGAAGAAGAAGACGACAUGCAGAUUGAUGAGAAGUGCGUGGAAACAGAUGAGGAAACUUUUGAGUCUGAGGAGCUUAAAGAAGAAGAAGAAGAAUUCACUGGAUCGGGUCAGCAGGUCUUUAUUGCUGGCUUCCGUAGAAGUAUGCGCCUGUGUCGCAGGAAAUCGCACAACAGCCACUUACCAUGUUAUGCCCGGGGUCCCAGUGGCUGCUACAGUGCUGUAGCAGCUCCUUAUGAAGAGGUAGUGAGAUACCAAAGACACCCCGAGGAUCGGAGCAGAUUAAUUGUGCUAGUGGGACCUUCAGGUGUUGGAGUGAAUGAACUACGGCGACGACUUAUUGGCAUAAACCCCCAUCACUUUCAAAGUGCCGUGCCACAUACAACUCGUGCUCAGAAGAGCUAUGAAGAGAAUGGUCGAGAGUAUCACUAUGUAUCAAAGGAAACAUUUGAAAACAUGGUAUAUAGUCACAGAAUGUUGGAGUAUGGAGAGUAUAAAGGAAAUCUCUAUGGCACGAGCAUUGAUGCAGUACGGGCAGUGCAUGAUGAAGGGAAGAUCUGUAUCAUGGAUUUGGAGCCUCAGAGUAUUCAACUGGUUCGCACUCAUGAACUGAAACCCUACAUUAUAUUUAUUAAGCCAUCGAGUGUGAGUUGUAUGAGGCAGUCUCGGAAAAAUGCCCGGAUUAUCACAGACUAUUAUGUGAACAUGAAGUUUAAGGAAGAAGAUCUGCAGGAAAUGGAAGAGUUGGCUAAAAAAAUGGAGACUCAGUUUGGGCAGUUCUUUGACCACAUGAUUGUGAAUGACAACCUAGAGGAGGCCUGCAUGCAGCUGCUGUCUGCCAUCCGCCGAGCACAAGAUGAACCUCAGUGGGUUCCUGCAACAUGGAUAUGCUCAGACACUCAGCCAUAAUUCUUAAGACUAGCCAUCUGCAGAAAGAUGAUCGUUUCUCUUUCCUUAUAGCAGGAAUCCUAAUGCUAGGGUUGCAAGAGAAAAUAUAUCUUUGCGGGGAAUUUGGAGAGGAAAAGGCAAAACGCUGUGAGAAGAUGUAAUCAUCAUAUUGUCUUCUGUGGCGUUCUUAAGCAUUGCAUGUUCAGUCAUCAUGACUUUUGUACAAAAUGAUGGUUGCACCGUAGUGUCUCAGAACAUUUAAUUGUAAAAGAGAAUAAAAUCUAUUUUGCUGAAUCUGCACCUGUUGCACUAACCCAAUCAAAAUCUUUUCUGUGGUUUUUAAUUGUAUAGUUCUUUGGCUGCUGCCUCUUUUCUAAGCAUAAGUAAAAUCAGGAAUCCUCUCAAAAAAGAGUUUCUUUCUGAAAGGAAGAUCGCUAGGCAUGUAUAGUAUUUCCUAAGGAACCUAUUGUAAAUAUUUACAAGCUUAGAGGGGAAUGUAUAAAGCUUACUGCGAGUUUAAAAAGGGAAGGGCUACAAACCCGAACGAAGGUUGCAGCAUCCACUCAUUUUUAAUGUUUUAAAUACAGUACUAACCAAGAGCACGUCCUUUUAAUGGCUGGUUCUUUUGCUCACAAUGGGAAUUAAAGUCUUCAACUAAAUCUUCUCAACAUGGAUUGUGGCUUGCCAGAACAUGCACUCAAGGAAAAUGGGUUUUUUAAAUCUUUUUAAAUAGCAAGUCCGACACAUUUUUGCUUAUUUCUCACAAUUUUACUAAUCUUGUGAAGGAGCAAAGCAUUAUGCAGGGCCCUGAAACCUCAGCCUCCUUUGACUCCGGAGACUUCUCUCCAGGCUUUCAAGCCUGUCUUCCAAGUUGUAAGAUCUUGAAAGCUGCUUGCCCAUCUCAGUCACCAAAUGAAAGCUGAGAUUCUCAAGAUGCUGAAUUCUCUGUCUAGGCCUGAGUUCUGUGUGUUUGGGAGGGCUGUUGGAGCUAUCGCAGAUCAAGGUACAUGCUCUAGCCAGUUUGGUGUAGUGUUUAAGAGCGCGGGACUCUAAUCUGGAGAACUGGGUUUGAUUCCCCACUCCUCUGCUUGAAGCCAGCUGGGUGACCUUGGGUCGGUCACAGCUCUUUCAGAGCUCUCUCUGCACCUUCCACCUCACAGGAUGAUUGUUGUGGGGAUAAUCAUAUAACACACUUUGUAAACUGCUCUGAGUGGGCAUCAAGUUAUCCUGAAGAGUGGUAUAUAAUUCGGAUGUUGUUGUUAUGGAUACAUGUAUGGUCUGUUUAGAGAGGUUAGUGCAGUAUACCCGUUAGAGUGCUGAUCUAGGAUCUGGAAGAGCCAGGUUCGAAUCCUGUCCCUCCAUGAAGCUUGCUGGGCAGCUUCAGAGGCUCUCCUGUAUCAGACCAGUCCCUCUUGGGUCACACCAUAAUGUUGCCUCCUGGCACUGGUAUUGUAGCCGGGGAAAUUGCUAAAUGAUAAUAAUGCUAAUAGUUAUGAUCAAAUAUCUUAUCUCUUCUAAAUUGUCUCUUUCAGAAGCCUGUUCUUUGUGAAAAUCUUACUCUGUUCAAAUGAAGCUGGGCAAUGCCCAGGACUGUGGAAAUUUACGAGACAUUGUUAGUUAUUCUUAGCUAAGGUCAACAGAACAAAUUGCUAUAUUUGCAAAGAAGAAACAAGAAGCUAAGCAAAAUUGCACAAAGGAAAAGGCUAAGCAACGGAAUAGCUGUAUAUGGUAAACUGUACAAAGGAAAUGGCUAAGCAAUGGAAUAGCUGUAUAUGGUAAACUGUACAAAGGAAAUGGCUAAGCAACGGAAUAGCUGUAUAUGGUAUACUGUAAAAGGG